UGAAGACCUUCAGUGUUUGUUUGUGGUUUCUGCAGGAUCUUUGCUGUAAAAUGUUUCCUUAAAGCAGCAGCAGGAGGCUGAACCCACUCUGGUCUGAUAAAGACGUUAAAGGAGGAAAUAAGUUCAGUCUGCAGCCGCCGACAUGGACCUCAGAGCUCUGACGCUGUUUGUGGGUUUGUGCAGCUCAGCGAGUCCUGCUGAGGUCCGGCUGGUCGGAGGUCCGAGUCCCUGUUCUGGCAGACUGGAGCAGCAGCGUCAGUCGGACUGGGAACCAGUGAGGGACCAGAACCUGGACUGGAACCUGACGGCAGCAGAUCAGGUCUGCAGGAGGAUCAGCUGUGGUUCUGUGGUUUCACUCAGGAGAACUCUGGACCAGGAACCUCCACAAGACUUGGUCACCAGAGAUGAGUCCAGAGCUGAAGGAACUCCAGAACGGCCCCCCUUCAGAGUGGAGAUCAGCUGCUCAGACUCUGUGAGGCUGGAGAACGGGACUGACCGGUGUUCAGGUAGACUGCAGGUGAAGAGGAACCAGGUGUGGUCCUCAGUGUGUUCAGAUGGAUUUGACCAGCAGGAUGCUGAGGUGGUCUGCAGGGAGCUGGGCUGUGGUUCUCCUUCAGGGUUUAAGGAGGAACUCUAUGGAGAAGCUCCAGAGUGGAUCCCAGAGUUCCGGUGUGGAGGCCAUGAGUCUGCUCUGCUGCACUGUGAGCGCUCAGAUAGAGACACCUGCUCACCUGGAACCACCGUCACACUCACCUGCUCAGACUCUGAUGAUGUUCGGUUGGAGGGAGGAGCUAACCAUUGUGCUGGUAGACUGGAGAUGAAACAUGAUGGAGUCUGGAGAGUGAUGAAAAUCCAAAACCCCGUCUGGAACUUGAACUUGGCGGCUCUGAUCUGUGGACGGCUGGACUGUGGUCCUGCACUCUCAGCAGUAAACAGACCAGAAUAUCCACAUAAAGAUGCUUGGUGGAUCAGUCCCUACUGCCCUCUUUCUGGUCUGAAGGAAUGUGUGACAGCGAAUCAUGAACAGAUCUCUGACAGCUUGGAAGUCACCUGCUCAGACUCUGUGAGGCUGGUGGGCGGGACUCAUCGGUGUUCAGGUAGACUGCAGGUGAAGAGGAACCAGGUGUGGUCCUCAGUGUGUUCAGAUGGAUUUGACCUGCAGGAUGCUGAGGUGGUCUGCAGGGAGCUGGGCUGUGGUUCUCCUUCAGGGUUUAAGGAGGAACUCUAUGGAGAAGCUCCAGAGUGGAUCCCAGAGUUCCGGUGUGGAGGCCAUGAGUCUGCUCUGCUGCACUGUGAGCGCUCAGAUAGAGACACCUGCUCACCUGGAACCACCGUCACACUCACCUGCUCAGCUCCAGACCAAGUGAGGCUGGUGGGAAACAGAAGCACCUGUGCAGGUGAGCUGCAGAUGAAGGUCCAUGAAGAGUGGAGGCCUGUGGUGGACUGGUACUGGAACCAGAAGUGGACAUCAGCAGCAGCAGCAUCAGUGUGUUCUCAGCUCGGAUGUGGUUCUAUCGUGACUACAGAUUUAGAGGAAAUUGGAUCAAGUAGACAUGUGUGGUUUAUCAAGUCCUCCUGCUUCCAGUCGACUCUUUCCCUUCAGGACUGUCUGCUUCUGAACGAUGAGGCCAGAGACUCCGAUAGUCUGCAGGUGAUCUGUUCAGAUCUGCUGGUUCAACCAAACAUCUCCGUGUCUUCGUCCCGUCUUGAAGUCCAGCAGCAGAAGGUUAGGGUCCUCUUGGGCUCCAACUUCAGCAUCAUCUGCUCCACCAGGCCUCAGUAUCCAGGAGGUUCCUUCCAGCUCGUCUUCAACUCCUCCAGCUCAACGCUCAACUACGUCCUUCCAGCCGUCACACAUUCGGCCGUUUUCCUGUUUCCUGCAGCAGAAGGCCUCCACAGAGGGACGUACACCUGUAUUUACCACCUCUACGUCUUCUCCCAUAACUUCUCCUCCACCAGCCGGCCCAUCUAUCUCAUCCCCUCAGCUCUGUAGAAACCAGAAGCAGAAAUGAAGAAACAAACGUCGUCGCUGAGCUCCAGUGAUCCACGAUUUACCAAGAAAAAUCCAGAAAAUGAUCUGUCUGCUUUUGUCCGUGAAAUAAACUUUCAUCCAGAAGUGAAACAACAACAACUUCUACAGAAAACAACAAUAUUUCAGCUGAUUUAAAUCCAGGAAAAAAUACAGUCAGGUUGUAAAAAUACUGAUUUUUAAUGUGGACGUUAUUCACAGUUUUGGCUUUUUAUGCUUAACAUGUAAAUGAAUUCUAUUUUUAAGUGUUUUUAAUGGAUAUUAACUGGAAUUUAGCAAAACUUAGAAAAUGUGUA